AUGAUCGACUCUGUAGGGAAGUGGGCACCUGGGCCAUCAUAUGGGCCCAUGCUGAGCCAGACCGAUCUCUACCUACUCGGAGACGUGGAGCUUGAGUUGAACCCCAUUCUUUCGGCUACAUUUGAACCCUUUCUGCUCACGUUCAAUAUCACGUUAGGUCGUCCCACCGGCUAUAACCAGGAAGCGCGCGAUCACGACCUCCCCUUCACGCCGAAGGACGAGCCCGCCACGCUCCCCAGAGUAGACCAGCUGAUCAUCAUCACUGAGGUCAGCCCAUGGUGCACGAUCGUGAGGAAUCCGCAGGGUGUCACUCUCGGUGACAUCUGCACGGCUCUCCACAAGGAAUACACCGAGAACUAUGUGACGGACAAGGAGCUAGAAUCGCUUCCCCCGCGGCAGCAGGACUAUAUGCGACGGGCCGCCGCAGCUGCCGCGAACGCGAACACGAUGAGCUAUCCAAGUUACUACUCGCCGCAGACGCAACCAUCUUCUCGACUUCGGCGUGGAGACUGGCUCCAGAGCAAGGUGUGGUUCGACAAACUGGCCAGGAAGGACCAUUAUGUCAGAGGACGUCUCGGGUACUCCGCCCCGAACAUCUUCGUCCUCUCUCUCAACAACUACUGA